AUGCUCAGUUUGUCCGUCUAUUAUGCGAGUACGGGCUCCCCAGGCAGCGCCAUGGUAAAGAACCCACUGCAAUAUAAGGUAUAUGUACUAUAUGUAUUAUAUAAUUAUAUGUAUUAUAUCAUACGUACGUUAUAUGAAAGAAAAGUAAAAGUUGCUCAGUCAUGUCCAACUCCUUGUGACCCCAUGGAAUAUACAGUCCAUGGAAUUCUCCAGGCCAGAAUAUUGGAGUGGGUAGCUGUUCCCUUCUCCAGGGUGUCUUCCCAACCCAGGGAUCGAACCCAGGUCUCCCGCAUUGGAGGCAGAUUCUUUACCAGCUGA